AUGUUCUCAAUGUUUAAAAAGAAAGAGCAGGCCCAAUAGUCAACUGCUCCUCCCCCGCCACCCAUCUAAUAAUAAUAGUAAGCUCCAUAGCAGCCUCCAGUUGUUCCCCCUCAGCAAUCUGCCCCUAAAGGAUCAAUGUUCAAAGGAAGCCUUAAAGUAAAGGCACCACCUCCUUAAACAUCAGAAAUAUUAUAAUAGUAGACGUAGCCCCAAACACAACAGACAUAAUUAACUUAAUCUUAAUCCAAUUCAGAUAUCUUAUCCCCAGAGAGUGAUGCUUACAAGCAAUAAUUUAAUUAGGUGGAAAUACCUACUACAUAAGAAGAAUCCAAUGUUGAGCAAAAAGUAGAAGUGAAAUUAAAUGUAGAAGAGGUCAAAAAGAAGCCAACUGGCUUUGGGUUUUUAAAAAAAAAAUAGCCUGAACAAGCACUUCCUACAGAUGAAUCAUUACAAGAAUAGGUGGAAAGCCAGAUUACUUAUGGAAUUUAAGUUAAACAAAAUUAGGUGCAAGAAGUCAAUCGAUAAUAGGAGUACACGUAGGAGUAAUCCUAUUAAUAAAAUUACUCUCCAAAGUAGCCAAAAGAAUUGAGUAAUAAUGAGGAUUAAAAAAAACAGAUCUAUAAGUAAAAUGAACAUAAUGAAAGGGAGAUUGAAUAAUAAUAAUAAUAUCAAUAAUUAUAGUAAUACUAACAACAGUAAUAAUUGUAAUUAUAAUAAUAACAAUAACAAUAAUAACAAUAAUAACAAUAAUAAUAAUAAUAAUAAUAAUAAUAAUAAUAAUAAUAACCAUAAUAAUUCUUAUACUAAUCCUAAACUAAUUCAAUUUCACCAUUAAAGAGUUCUAUCAUUAAUAAAAGUUAGAUUAUUUAAAAUUCGACCAAUCCUCAACUUGAUAAUUCUUAUGUAAAACAACAUUAAAUGAUUAUGGAAGAAUUGGAGUACUUCCAAACCGAAGCUAAUAAAAAGAAAGCUCAAAUUUACAUAUCUCAAUAAGAGAUUGAGAAGCACAUCGUUCAAUAUCAACUUAAAUUAUAAGAGUAUAAUAGUCGACUUACUCAAUUAUCCAUUGAGUAAUAAGUUUGUGCACAAUAGGAAUAAUUUGAGAAAGCAGAGGAAAUAGAACAGUCCUUAAAAUAAAUUUAAGAUAAAAUCACUUAAAUAGAUAAUUAGAUCAAAUAAGAAGAAUUAUAGUACACUAAAUUAUAGGAUGAGAAGGAAAAUAUAAGAGGGGAAGAAUAUCCAUUCUAUUAAGAAACCGAAUAAAAACUAGAAGAAAUUGAAAGAUUACAUAUCAAAUAUAGUGAUUAAUACAGAUUUGAAGGAUAGGCCUCAAUUAAGAAAUUGCAAUAACACAUCGAAGAAGAAAAUGAGAGAGUGAAAAUCUAAUAAAUUCACACUGAGAUUGAUAGUAAGCAUUUAGAUGAAGAGGAAUAACAUUUGAAUCAAAUUAUGGAUAAUCAAACUAAGGAAUAUAGAAUCGAGUAAGACCAAUUAAUUAAUAAAAAGUCAUCUCUGGAAUCUGAGAUUGCAGAAUUGCAAUUACUAUUAAAUCAAAAGAAAAAUGAGUUAUAAAAGGUGAAUGUUGAUCUACAUUCAACCAAAGAGAAAAUUUAAUAAGUGCAAUAAAAAUUCAAUUUAUAAUUAAGUAAAGUUUAAAACAAGAGAACAAAACUUAAUGAUGAGCUCAAUAGUUUAGCCACUGAAAGAGCCCAGAUUGAAGCCCUUGAAGGAGAUAGUCUUAGAAAAUAACACGAAUAUAAGAAUAAACUGGAAUACUUAUCAUAAUAAUUGGAAGCGAUUAAAGAGAAAAGAAACGAACUCAUACGAAAAGCCAAUUUAGUACCUGAAUAAUGCCAAUAAGAAUUGGAUGUAACAUUCAAGUAUUAAGAGGCUAAAAAAGCCAGCUUAGAAGCAUUGAAGGAGUUAGCAUAGGUUUAGAGGUAAAUUGAUGAAUUGAAUUACAAGAGGAAUAUGGGAUAAUCUUAAUUGCAUGAAAUUCUAAAUAAAAAAAGUGAACUUUAGAAGAAAUUGCCUAAGAUGAUUGAUGAUAAGGCAUUAUUAGUGCAGAACAAAAACUUUAAAGGUGCUGCAUAAAUUAAUGAAUAAAUAAAAGAAGUUUAGAGGUAGAUUUCUUUAUAUGAAGAGAAAAUAUCAGAGAAUCAAACUAUUGAAACUCAAAUUCUAAAAGAAAUUGAUGAAAUAGAGGAUUCCUUAUUGUCUAGAUAACACCAAUAUUAAUAAUUGUAAUAAAAUGCCGAAAUUUGCAGAUAUUUUGUUUUAGAAUUGAAGUUGCAAGAGAUUUAAUAGAUUGAUUAUUAUGGGUUAUCAUACUUAGUGUUAGAUAUUAAAAAUGAGUUGGAAUAAUUAUUUAAUAAAUAUUAGGAUUUAAUUUAUGCAAAUAGAAAGGUUUCAGUUGAUAAUGUAGAUUAGGUGUAGGAUCAUGAAUAAGAGGUUAUCGACAAUAAUGUUAAUGAAAUUGAGGAUUAAUAAGAGCAUUAAUACGAAUAACAUUAAGAAGAGGAUAAUCAAGUGGAAAAUGAAUAGAUUGAAUAGGUUGUUGAAUAGGUUAUUGAAUCAAAUGAAUAAGAAUAAAUUUAAUAAUCAUAAGAAGUUGUAGUUGAAAUGAGUGAAGAAGAAAUUUAAAAUUAUAUUAAUAAUCAAAAGUAGAUAUAUUUGGAUAUUUAAUAAAAAGUAUAGUAAUUAGAAGAAUAGGUCUCAGAUCAUUGUUAGAAAGAGCAAUAUGAGGAAGCUGACUAGAUUCAACAAGAAGUAGAUACUCUUACACAAUAAGCUAAUGGAAUACAAAUAGAACUUAAAUAGAAAUAUAAUGUAGAUAUAUUAUAGCCAGAAGAUCAAGAGAAUUGAUCUGUUUUUAAUUUUUAUUAUUGAUUAAUAUAAAAAACAAAUGU